AUGACCGAGACAGUUGAACCAUCCGACUCAAAACUUACAGCUGAGGAGUUCAUGGUCUCGGUUGAGCUCUUCGCUACUCGCAAGCUAUGCGGGCAGUACUUGCUGCCUAGUGACGGGGGCUUGUAUCGGAUGUGGCGGCAAGUAGAGCUUACUGUUGUCCAAGGACGCAACCUGGGUACUGCCAAGGGUGUCGGAAUUCCGGAAGCUUCGUCUAGUGUCACUACAAUAGUCGAUCCGGAUUCCCGUGGCGAAGGCGAUGCAAACGAUUACGAUGUGCUCUGCGAAAUUUGUCUGAACGGGACCGUGUAUGGCCGAACAACAUUGAAGAAAGGGGCAGGCUCUCCAGAGUGGCAUGAAGACUUCACUUUCUCAGAUUUGCCUCCAUUCGGAACCUUGGAAAUAGCUGUGUUGCGAGAGAAGCGCCUUUCGUUAAAAUCUGUUUUACUCGGCACCAUCCAGGUGGUCCUCGGUAAUUUCAGGAGACACCAUUUAGUGGAAGGAUGGUAUCCCGUUCUUCAAUCCUCAAACAUGCCGACUCGCAUCCAAGUCGGCGAGUUGCGGUUGAAGCUUCGGGUUGACGAGUGA